CUGUGCAGUGUGAAGGAGGAAAGAUCUACAAGCCAUGUGGUCCAGCAUGUGCAAACACGUGCUCAAGUUCUUGUGAUCAAAAUUCAGUUUGUCCUGUGGCUUGUGUCGAAGGUUGCCACUGUCCUGAAGGCACAGUGGAGCACAAUGGAAAAUGCAUACAGCAGGAAAACUGCCCGUGCAUCGUUGGUGGGAAAGCGUAUAAUGCCACUGCAUUUGUUAUCAAGAAUUGUCAGAGAUGGUAAAUAUUUGUUUAUUUCAUGCAGUAAUAUGGUAUAUUCAUGAAAACAGUGUUGUAUAUUUAUACGCAUUUCUUCAACUUAAUACAUUUUGAGAAAUACAUUUCAAAGAAUAGCUACACUCAGUGGCGGCGCCACGGGGGGAGGGAUUUCCCCCCCCCACCCUCAAAAAAAAUUAUUAGUCACUAAGAGCGACUAAAGGCUACACAAGCGUUCUGUGGUUUAUAAGUUGUCAUUACUCAUUAGUGAAUGCGCGUAUACAUAUGAAACUGUUUUUUACAGUUUCAAUAUUAGUUUGUAAAUCUAUGAAUGGUAAAACCUGCCAAUACUCCAAUAAUACGUUUCAAAAAAAGACAAAAAAGCUUUAGUUUUGCAGAGUUAAAUUCUCAAACGUGUAAGGCAAUAAUAAGAUGAAAGUAUCACGAAAUUAUUUGAAUAAGCCACAUCGCAUAUAUGGGGGGCGAAUGUCCUAAAGAAGGGUGAUAUUCCUAGGGUAUUCGCCCCACCCCCUGGGAGGCGAUAUUCCUAGGAUAUUCGCCCCCGGGGGCAAUAUUCCUAGGAAUAUCGCCACGUUUUGAGGGGGGGGGGGCGACCUUUUUAAAAAUUAUAUCUUGCCCCCCCCCCAAAAAAUUUGAGUUUGCCCCUCAAAUGCCCCCCCCCCCAAAAUUUGGAAGCCUGGCGCCGCCACUGGCUACACUGAGUAACAUAAUUGAGUAUAUUGCUUCCUGGUAUUCUCGUAUUCUAAUAAAAAACUGGUUAGCAUAAUUAACUUUUAAGAGAUAUAAAAUGCCUUUUUCAAAUGCUUUGUGAAAAAGAUGAUUUAAUCAUUCUCAUUCCAGCGUGUGUAGAAAUGGUUGCCUUAGCUGCACUGGACCAACAUGUACCACAACAG